UCAAGCGCACAAUGUCAUACGAUAUGAUAAAACUAGUUCACAUUCUGUCUUAUCGACGGAUAAACUCUUUUCUACUAAUGUUGCAAUAAUUCUGUUGAUAUGUUCGCUUGCUGUCCAGUAGUGCCGACAAUUUCACGCUAUGUCGUUUCUUAGAGAGAAUGUUCAUGAAAGAACGCCAUUGUUAACACCGAGGAGAAGUUCUAUCACAUCGACUAACAUCAAGGAAAUCCUUGUUCGAAGGAUACCGAUUUUAAAAUGGUUGCCAAAUUACAACUGGGGGAAAUGUUUGCAAGAUAUUUUGGCGGGAUUCACAGUUGGAUUAACAGUCAUACCACAAGGUAUAGCUUAUGCAACAGUCGCUCUUCUUCCACCUCAGUAUGGGUUGUAUAGCAGUUUUAUGGGAUGUUUCGUAUAUCUAGUGUUUGGUAGCACAAAAGAAGUAACCGUGGGUCCUACGGCCAUAAUGGCUUUACUAUCUCAACAUCAUGUUAAAACAUUAGGAGAAGAUAUUGCUGUUCUUAUAUCUUUUUUAUCAGGAUGCAUAAUAACAGCAAUGGGAAUAUUACAGCUUGGUUUUCUUGUCGAUUUUAUAAGCAUGCCAGUGAUUUGUGGUUUUUCGAAUGCUGCAGCGAUCAUCAUAGCAGCUUCACAAUUAGGUACACUUCUUGGUAUAAGUGGUAAAAGCGAUUCCUUCAUCGAUUCGAUCUCUAAAAUAAUUAAUCACUAUAAUAGUAUUACAUUAUGGGAUACUCUUCUUGGUGUAACAACGAUAAUACUGUUAGUAUGUUUAAAGAAUUUGCCUGGUAAGAAGAGAGGUACUACGUUCCAAAAAAUUAUGUGGCUAAUCUGUUUGGCAAGAAACGCAGUGGUCGUUAUCAUGGGUAUAGUUUUGGUUUUUGCUUUAUCUUUAUAUGACCUGAAACCUUUCAAGAUUACCGGGAACAUCACAAAAGGUCUACCGCCUUUCAGUCCACCACCAUUUUCUAUAGACACCAGCAACAAAACCUAUCAUUUUCCUGAAUUGAUUCAAGAACUUGGUAGUACUAUCGCAUCGAUACCAUUGAUCGCUAUUUUGGAAAGUGUCGCUAUAGCUAAGGCUUUCGCAAAAGGAAAGACUUUGGAUGCAACGCAAGAAAUGUUUGCGGUUGGACUUUGCAAUGUUAUUGGAAGUUUCGUUAGAUCGAUGCCAACGACCGGUAGUUUUACAAGAACCGCAGUGAACAAUGCAUCUGGCGUGAAAACUCCAAUGGGUGGUAUAAUAACCGGUCUUUUAGUGUUACUAGCAUGUGGACUUUUAACUUCGAUCUUCCAGUUAAUUCCAAAAGCCACUUUAGCUGCUGUAAUAAUUGUUGCUAUGUAUUACAUGUUUGAAGUGGACAUAUUUUCAACUCUUUGGCGUACGAAAAGAAUUGAUCUUAUACCUUUGAUAGUUACUUUGAUAUGUUGUCUGGGUCUUAGUUUGGAAUAUGGCAUGAUAGUUGGAAUUGUUAUAAAUCUUAUUCACCUUCUUUACCUUGCGGCCAGACCGGGUCUAUUGAUCGAGGAACGCGUUGUCGACGAUAUGACCGUUUUAUUCGUCUUGCCCAAGCAAUCGUUGAGUUUUCCAGCUGCAGAAUACUUAAGAGAACAAGUGUUGGAGUGGUGUCAUAAAUGUACCAAAAGUAUACCUGUGAUAAUAGACGGACGUAAUGUUCUGAGAAUCGACGCAACAGUCGCCAAAAAUCUUACUCUACUUCACGUUGAUUUGGAAACUAGACAACAAAAGUUGAUCUUUUGGAAUUGGUCGGAGGAAAUGAAAAGUAUUUUGACAAAUUACGAUUCCUCUUUGUCAUUAUCAUUUAAAAAUUGUGGCAGUAUACUUCAGAUAUUUACGAAUACGGUGCUCUGAGGAAUGCAUAAAUGAAUAUUAAUUUAUUUCUAUAAUUUAUUUAUGGAUAACGCACAAUGUUUAGUUUUAUCAAAAUUCUAUAAUAGGACUUGUCUAUAAGUUAACGUAUCUACAAAGAAAUAAAUCAAUGAUACGUUAUCAUCGGAUGAUUUGGUCGAAUUUCUAAGUAGAAAUUCAAUGAAUCUAUCUGUAAAUAUCUCUGCAAAUAUUCGUCAAACGAUAAUAUUGCACGAAUUAACGACCUGGAAAUAUUAAAAAUUAUUAUAUUGUAAUUGAUCGAUGCAAUUCACAAGUGAACGUUAAACUGUAUUUCGACGGAAUUGUAUCAAUGAUCCAAAGCAAUGUUUACGAAGAGAUCGAUCAAUGAUUUUGAAAAAUCUCAAUCAUCAUCAUCAUCAUCAUCAUCAUUAUAUUACAUCGAAUACUUAAAGAUGAACAAAAUCACACAUCUAAUAAGUUGUACAAUUUCGACUAAAAGAAAAAAAAAAAAAAAGAAAACAAAACAAAACAAAAAAGAAGAAAAGAAAAAAAGAGAAACAUUAGAAAAAUGUUUCGUAUUUUUGCUAGAUUCGUAUAAAGCGCAAGCGCUCGAUUGUAGAGUGAAAUUUGAGCGGGCGCGCGCAUCUUAGGUAUAAGGACCAAUCAACGUAGACGAUUAAGUAGAGGGUGCUUCGAUCGAUGUCGCUAUUCGUUGCGAGCGUGCGCCUAGCUUUCGAGGAGGCCGAUAGAGCCUAAGAGAGAGCUUUCGCAUCCGCGACGAAGGAGCGAACGAACGUAUCCUAACCGGCCGGACUACUUAUUGUCCUUUGACUACUCGUGGCCAGUGUUUCCUUUCUGUGCUGUUUUCUAUUAUUUUUUCUAUAUCAACUUUUACUUCCUCCUUUUUUAAUAUCUCUCUUUCUCUUUC